GUUUUCUUCCACAAUGGUUGGGAAACAUUUGUGAAGGAGCACUGUUUGAAAUCUGGCUAUCACUUGGUUUUUGAGUUUGAUGGUCAUAGUGUGUUUGACUUUUUGUUAUUUGACAAUGAGUCAAAUGUGAAGAUCGCUGUCCUGAAAAAGUUGGAAAAAAUUGACAUCAAGAAAGAAUACCAUACAGAAGAAACAUAUACAAAGGGGAAUGAUGUUGCUAGUGAUGGUGUUAAUGAUGAGGCUGGUGAUGAGGCUGGUGAUGGUGAUUAUGAUGGUUUUGAUCAUGAUAAUGAUUAUAGUGGUGGCAAUGGCGAUGUAGAUGAAGGUGAUGAGGAAGAGGAAGAGCAAGUCCCACGUUCAAAGAGAAGACGACAGAAGAGAGAUGUUGGUGCUGAGGAGAGGAUAUCCCACAAGGAAAUUAAGGAUGUCCCUGACCAUUAUGGAAUUGAUAUUUUCAAGUCAGGACGUUUUACUCAACCAACAAACCCUUACUUCGUGGCAAGAAUCAGAUCAAAAAGGCGCAAUGACUUGUAUAUACCAAGAGAUGUGAUCAAGGAUAUUGUAUUACCACCAACUAUAAUCCUGCGUGACCCGAGAGGCAAAGAAUGGAAAAUGAAGGCUAAGGUUUGGGCAGAUGGGCGAACUUGGAUGAGUGGGGGUUGGAUGCAUUUAUGCCGAUGGAAUCUUGUGGAGAAAAAUGCUAGGUUGAUCUGUGAGUUUUUGCCCCGAGAGGAGGGAAAGGACGACGUGGUCUUACGAGUCACUGCCAUCGUCCGAGA